AAGUUCAAGCACAUCGGUUUGUUUAGUUUUUGUAGGGCAUGCGAUGUGCUUCCGACUUUGUGUAAUUAUGAGGUGAAAAGUGUUUAUUAUGAUAAUCUUAAUGCUUUAAUCGUGCUGCUGACAUUAGAAGAUGCAUCUCAUGUGCAGAAGGUGGUUGUUGGUGUCCACGCUGACGGCUCGUGGAGGAAAUUUUAGGAGUUUCAGUUUCUCCGCAUCCCGCAGGACUGUGAUGGCCGCAUGGGUCAUUGACAAGUACGGGAAUAACGACGUGCUGAGAUUCACAAAAAAUGCGGCACUUCCUAUCAUCCACUAUCCCAAUGAAGUGAUCGUAAAGGUGCACGCGGCGGGUUUAAACCCCAUCGACAUCAGCAUGAGGGGUGGUUAUGGGGCAGCUACUAUGGCCAUGAAGCGUGACCCACUGAACAUCAACCAAUCAGGCAGUGAGUUUCCUCUCAUCCUCGGACGUGAAGUGUCUGGAGAGAUCAUGGAGUGUGGGCUAGAUGUGAACUACUUCAAACCAGGAGAUCAGGUGUGGGCUGCCAUCCCUCCAUGGAAGCAGGGUGGUCUGGCGGAGUUUGUAGCGCUCAGUGCUAAUGAGGUGUCACAUAAGCCCACAUCACUGAGUCAUACUGAAGCAUCAUCGGUUCCAUAUGUGGCUGCAACGGCUUGGUCUGCAAUCGUCAACACAGGAGGCUUAAACAAAGACAACUGUGCUAAGAAACGGGUUCUCAUUCUUGGAGGAUCUGGAGGUGUGGGAACCUUUGCUAUACAGAUGGUGAAGGCCUGGGGCGCCCAUGUUACCGUAACAUGUUCCCAGAAUGCCGAGCGGCUGGUGCGAGAUUUGGGUGCCGAUGAUGUUGUGGACUACACUGCCGGACCGGUCGAAAAGCAAUUACAAACUUUACAUAAGUUUGAUUUGAUUUUAGAUAACAUUGGUGGGGAAACAGAGAAAUGGGCGCUGGAUUUCCUGAAACCCUGGAAUGGAGCUAAAUAUGUAACACUAGUAACACCAUUCCUGCACAACACAGACCGACUGGGACUCGCAGACGGGAUGAUGCAGACCGGAGUCACCGUAGCAUGCAAAGUGCUGAAGCACCUCAGGAAAGGAGUGCAUUAUCGCUGGGGUUUCUUUGCUCCCAGUGGUCCUACAUUAGAUGACAUCAGUGAAAUGGUUGAUGCUGGAAAGGUCAGACCUGUGCUGGAGGAAGUCUUCUCGUUUGCUCAGGUGCCCAAUGCCUUUCAGAAGGUGGAGCAGGGCCACGCAAGGGGAAAAACUGUGGUUAACAUCAUCAAGGACCAGGAAGAGUAACUAUGGCAACCUGAAAGAAUGAGCGUUAUUGUGGCGGAUGUGCCAUGUCUGUGGUAACACAGGGGGUUUUUGGAUCCAUAGUUUGAAACAAUAGUCUUUUAUAAAUGUAAAAUGUUUUUGUCUGGUAAGUUGUUAAAUUAAAAACAUCUACUGUAGUCA